UUUGACAAUUCUCUCCGGAUCAAUACAAAAUCCGACUUUCGAUUCGAUAUCUUUGACUCUCACCCAUUUAUUCAAGGGGCGUUUUACUUGUAGAAGACUAUUAUCUAAUCAGAAACGAUGGCAGGAGACCCUUGGGUUAUCCAACCACACGAGCAUGCGAAGUUUGCCGAGCACUUCCGCAACCUGGGACCCAUCAAUGGCACCCUCACUGGAGAGCAAGCAAAGAGAUUCAUGUUACAAUCCCAAUUACCUCCACCGAUACUCGGCCAAAUCUGGUCUUUGGCGGACACUAAUGCAGAUGGGAAACUAGAUCUUAAAGAGUUCUCUAUCGCUUGUAAGAUAAUCAACCUCAAACUCCAUGGUAUUGAAAUACCUAAAGUUUUACCACCAUCUUUACUCGCUUCUCUAAGUCCUACAGGACCUAAACAAUUCGCCCCACCAGCAAAACCCCCCAUCCCUCCAAUGCCAACUAUCCCACCCCAAUCUCAACAAUUAAUCUCAGGUUUACCAACUCAACCAAUCCCAUCCGCACAACCAAUCCAAUCCAACCAAUCUCUACUCGGAGAUUUCGGUUCUCAACCAUUAAUCAACACAGGCCCAUCAGCACCACAACCUUCACCUGUCAUCCAACAAAAACCAUCCGUACCGGACCUAAUUUCCGGUGUAAAACCACCACAAACACAACCAUUGAUAUCUAACCAACCAUUAAUCCCAACCGCAUCGAUCAAUCAACCAUUAAUAAGUCAAACUCAACCAACAACAUCCCAACCAUUAACAACUCAACCAUUAAUAGGUUCUCAACCGAUAAUCGGCUCUCAACCAAUUAUAGGUUCAACUCAACCAUUAAUCCCAAUGUCGGAAACUCAAUCACUCAUCAAUACAGCCCCAAUUCAACCAACCCAACCAUUAGUUGGAACGAUUCAACCACUUAUUGGUCCAACUCCACUCAUCCCAUCAUCUCAACCCCAACCGAUACCAACCGGGACUACAAUUGGUUCAACAAUUAGUAGCCCUCCUAAAACUAGUGAUGCGGUCGCGGGUUCGAUUCCAAAUCAACCGGUGACAUCCACACCUAUUACAGCUGUCAAAAGUGAUUCCUUUUCUAAACCUGGUUCUUUAGUAGGAAGUCCAGCGGAAUCCCCAAUGGGGGUGAUGACACCCCCUCCCGCUGUGGAAUGGGGGAUACCACAACCGCAGAAACUUAAAUACACUCAGUUGUUUAACGUAACCGACCGCGCGAAGACUGGGUGGGUGUCGGGGGCGCAGGCGCGGGCUCUGAUGCUGCAGUCGCGGCUGCCGCAGCCCGCGCUGGCACAGAUAUGGGCACUCGCUGAUCUGGACGCUGAUGGGAAACUUGGCUGCGAGGAAUUUGUUUUAGCUAUGUAUUUGUGUGAGAGAGCGACUCAUGGAGAUCCUGUGCCCGCUAAGUUACCACCUGAACUUAUACCUCCCACCUUCAGACGUGAAUCAGUAACAAGCACGAGUAGCGCGAAGUCCUACGAAGAGAGAAGACGAGAGAAUAUGGCAAGAGGACAAGCAGAGUUAGAAAGAAGGAGAUCGCAAUUAGCUGACGCUCAUAUGAAAGAAAAGGCUGAAAGAGAACGUAAAGAGAGAGAAGAAGCCGAGAAGAGAGAGAAGUUGCGUCUAGAAGCUCAGAAGAAAGAGCAAGAAGAGUUAUUGCGUAAACAGAAAGAAGAACAGGAGAAAAGAGAAUCGGCAAGAAAAGAGAUGGAAAGACAAUGCCAGUUGGAAUGGGAAAAGAAAAGGACUAGAGAACUCGAGGCCCUAAGGGCGGAUGAACAAGCCAAAGUGUUAGCACUGAAGGCCCGUAGUGCGACCCUAAGUGCAUCCUUAGGGGCCGCCGCGCAAAGAGCGUCAACUUUAGCCAAAUGUAUACGGGACACUCGCACCAGUGUCGCUGCCGCCAAGUGUACGAUCGACGGCAUGAGAUCGGAUCGUGACGCCAGUAUGUCUGAAAUGCAACAAUUAAAAACUAAAGUAAAAGAAUUGAAUGCGAAACAGAUAUCUUUGAAUAAAGAGAAAGCGGAAUUAGAAGCUAAGGCUAAAAUGUCGGAAGGUGCGGGAGAAGAUGGUAAAUUAAAUAUGAUGGAGGUAACUUUGAAACAACUUAAAGAUAAGGUGGAAGCAGCUAAAGUGUUGGUAGAGACAAAGAAAUCUGAUUUAGACAGUAAUCAGAAGCAAUUGUCAGAUUUAACUGACACAGUCACACAGUUAGGUGACAAAUGUGAGAGAGUGUGGAAGAUGUAUGAGGAGAAGAGAAGAGAGUUUGUCGAGAAGAGAAGUACAGCGCCUGCUGAACAAGCUUGGAAUGCUGAUGCAGAAUGGGGUGCAAACGAAGAUGCUUGGGGUGGUACUGAAGACGCGUGGGGUGACGCCGCCUCUACCAAUGCUACGGAGGUAGUGUCAACUAGCUCCGCCCCUCGUUGGAGAUGUGUUUAUGAGUUUAACGCAAGAACUGCUGAUGAAUUGAGCUUGCAGCCCGGAGAUUUGGUAAGUGAGGCGACCGCGCCUAGGGCUGAUGCCGAGCCUGGUUGGCGUUGGGGUACAGCCAGAGGCCAAUCAGGGUGGUUCCCCGAGUCUUAUGUUGAAGAUAUAAACGCAGCUGCCUCUUAUGUAGAACCAAUGGAUACGAUGGAAACUAAAACACAACUAGAAGGUAUAGCGGAAGUUCCUGAAGCGGAAAUAACCAAUGAUUUAGGAGGCGCUAUCCCUAUAGUUGAAGGAGGCGACUUCUAUAUCGCGGCAUAUCCUUACGUAUCUUCUGAACCUGGAGACCUCACUUUCGAGGCAGGGGAGAGGAUAGAAGUGUUGAGGAGAGAUGGAGACUGGUGGACCGGCAGGAUUGGGAACAGGAAUGGUAUCUUCCCAUCUAAUUACGUAACAAAAGAUACGAUAUCAUCAAGUGAACCGAUAUCAACGAUCCCUGAAGCAGCGGAGCCCGCCCUUGAUACUGACGCCCCUGUUGACAAUCAGCCCAUUGACGCCCCGCCCAUUGACAGCCAGCCCAUUGACACCCAGCCCAAAGACGCCCCGCCCUUAGCGGCAGUCAAUGAUACUGACUUUGUACCUACAUCUCCACCUGUACAAGAGCAGAAAUCUUCAACCCCUAUAUCAUCGGAGGUAGCCGCGAUCACGGAGUCGGCGGCGGCCGCGCCCUCCCCGCGCCCCUCCUCCGUCACCCGCAGGGACUCCGCCCGCGACUCCGGCCGGGACUCCGGCCGCGACUCCGUCACUGGUCGGAAAAAGAACGAAAUAGCACAAGCUAUCGCGUCAUAUACUGCUACGAGCUCGGAGCAGCUGUCGCUGCAGAAGGGGCAGUUGCUAGUGGUCCGUAAGAAAGCGGACAGCGGCUGGUGGGAAGGGGAAUUACAAGCUAAGGGAAGGAACAGGCAGGUUGGCUGGUUCCCUGCCAGCUAUGUCAAGGUACUCCAAUCGUCCGGCAGGACGUCCGGACGUACGACACCGGUGUUAUCCAAAAUGGAUACAGUGCCAUCGGAGACUGUCAUCGAUAAGGUCAUAGCGUUGUAUCCAUACACAGCUCAGAAUGCUGAUGAGUUGAGUUUCGAGAAGGAUGACAUUAUAGCUGUGACUGACAGGAGCCAGGAUCCGGCGUGGUGGCAAGGCGAACUUCGUGGUAUGACAGGGCUCUUCCCAAGCAACUAUGUCACCAAACUUGUUAAUUAAUUACAUUUACAUUAAAAAGUUCAAGUAGCUUCAUUACUCUUACAUACAUACAAGAAAAAUUACACUGUUUUCUCAAAUUAAUAAUGACCAUAACAUAUAAUGAGAGUAAAUAAAUGUU